AUGAUUCAUGUGCAUGCUAAUGUGUUGAAAUUCAAUAAUGACACUGAGCUUCUCCGAAAUAUUUCCACUCAUGACGAAGCCCUCCUUCUGCAGGCAGGAAGCGAGGACGAAGGGCGCAGAGGAUCAGCCCCAGGAGGACCCGGGACAGGAAUCCUGCGGCUGGAUCCUGCCAAGCCAAGGAGGUCCUCGGCCGCCUCCGUCGAGUUCAAGACAGACAAGGACGACCCCUCCUCCCCGUGCCCUAGCGACCGGCUGAGCGUGACCUGGGCUGACGGGGAGAGGUCAGUAUCCAGUGACGGCGUGUCACUGGCUCCUCGAACUCCUGUGUCGUCGGAUCAGCCGUCAAUUAAUACGCUUAUUCCAGCGUGCGGUAGCCUGAUGGAGGAACCGGCCGAGGACGACGAAUUCUGUGCCAGCGUGUCGGCCAUCCUCAAGCGCACCGAAUCGAGGACUUCCCGACGGGGUUCCCGAAGGAGGAAGAAGAUGAGGAGGACGUCCACCAUGACCAGCAGUUCCGCGAAACAACCACAAAAGCUCCUAUCUCUUUACCUCUUUAUUAUUCUCUAUUUUCCUUUACAGCGGAAGUACGAUCGUGGACAUGGAGGGCGAGUGGUGGAGACCCUCAGGAUCCACAAGGAGGUCCUGGCGGGGGUGAAGCACCAGCCCUGGCCCAUUGGCAGGAAGCUCCGUCUCGCGCGAUCGGCUCGCUCCUACAUCCAGCGUCACGAGGGGGAGCUGGAGGAGCGCCUCGCCCAGAGCACCAGCACCAAGGGUUCCUCCUCAGAUAUUUCAUCCGCGCCAGGAGGUCUCGUUAAGGAUUCAAGUUUCGGCUUCACGUUUCGGAACACGGUGGUGCGGGCGGGGGCGCGGGCGGUGUACGUGUGGGUGAGGGGGAUCGAGCCGUGGCAAGGCCGUAUCAAGACGAUUGAAUCCUAUUUCGGGUCGGCGGUGGCAUCCUACUUCACCUUCCUGCGCUGGGUCCUCGGUCUCAACAUCGCCCUCACCGCAUUUCUCACCGCAUUCGUCAUCAUACCUGAGUUCUUGGCGUCUGACAGGAGCAAGGCUGGGGAGAGGAAGAGCCUCCUGCCAGACGAAGUCAUCAGCGCCUAUGACUUCAAGGUGAUGUGGGACUUCGAGGGUAUCCUGAGGUAUUCGCCCAUCUUCUACGGCUAUUAUAGCAAGACUCCCAAAACUAGGGAAGGCUAUAGGCUACCUCUCGCGUACUUCCUCACCUCCGUUGCUGUCUACGCCUACAGCUUCGUGGCGAUUCUCAGGAAGAUGGCCGCGAACUCCCGGAUGUCGAAGCUCGCCGACGACGACGAGAGCACCUUCACGUGGAAGGUCUUGGGCGGCUGGGACUUCACCAUCGGCAACCCCGAAGCCGCGCAGAACAAGGUCGCCUCCAUCAACACGGGGCUGAGGGAGGCGCUCCUCGAGGCCAAGGAAUCCGAGAAGGAGGACAAGAGCUGGAAAGUGAAAGCCAAGCGGUUCCUGGCCCACCUGAUCGUCCUCGGGCUCGUGGUCGCCAGCGCCUACGCCGUGGUCCUCCUGGUCGAGCGCUCCAAGGACGUGGACGACAGCUCCUCGUGGUACCGCCAGAACGAACUCACGAUCAUCCUGACGCUCAUCUCCCUCAUCUACCCGAACCUCUUCGAUUUGGUAGGCCUGCUGGAAGAGCGGCAUCCCAGGAACCAGCUUCAGUGGCAGCUCGCCCGCAUCAUGGCGCUCAACCUCCUGAAUCUUUACACGCUCAUCUUCGCGCUGUUCUCCAAGGUGUAUGAGAUGACUGGCGAACUUGGCGAACUAAAGGAGAACCUGACGGACAGUUACGGAGACGGGGCGACCACCGCCAUGGACUCCCUCGUGGGUACAACCUCCGCCUCGCCCCUGAGCCACAGUGACCCUUAUGGCUGGCCCUCGGCAUCGCAAGGCGCAUCCAACUUCUCUGUGUUCGAUUCCCCCAAUGCCUCACUGUACGAAUUGACUCUCGCCCCCUUGACCAACGCCUCGGACACGGCCUUCUUCAACUUGACAACCACCUCGGCCGUCGACCCGUAUUCGCUGGUGACCACUCUGAGCUCCACACUCUUGGCGGCCAUCACGUUCACUGAGUCACCGGUACCAGAUACCACAGUUCCUCGAUGCAGACGAAUAAAAGUUCCAUGUUCAACCACAACAUCCACUCAGUCCCCCACAACUAGCCUCCUAUUUGAAGUGAAUUCCACUAGCACGACAGGAAGUGAUCCUCAGGCUGAGAAUGUGACGUGGACAAACUAUGGCCCCGAGAAUGUGACGUGGACUGACUAUGGCCCCGAGUUGAGCACCCUGCUCACAGACGAUCCUCUGGUGGCCACGAAUGGCUCUCUCACAGGUCCGGGGAAUGGCACUGUGUUAAGGGUUGAUGAUGACGGAUUUCCAUAUGAUGAAUAUUACGUAGAUGAUAAGGUUUAUGUUUACUUAGAUUAUCUCAACAACACAGGGGAUGUACCAGAGGGACGUAAGGAAAGCGAGAGGGUCGAUCCGUGGAACAGUAGUGUGCCGGGAGAAUUCUAUGAAGAACCUACAGCAAUGAAUUUGCACGAUAUAACAAGUACUGUCGAGACAACAGAUGUCUCAGAUGACAUGGAAGAACCCCCGGGGACAACAGUUGUCUCCGAUAACAUGGAAGAGCCCCCGGGGACAACAGUUGUCUCCGAUAACAUGGAAGAACCCCUGAGGACAACAGAACCUCCCUCAUUGCUGGAAGACCCGGGCGUGACAGAGGACCCGAAAAACCUUGCCUUCCGAGAACUUCUGCGGAAAUUCCCUUCCCUUCCCGGCCUCAGCCCCAUAUUACUUGGUGACGUGACGGAUUUCGAGGACGAUACAGCGAAGGAGAACGACGCGGACGCAGGCGGGGAAUUAGCGAACGACAGAGUAAUCAUAAGAAGAGCGAUAACUGAGAGUGGCGAAGAUCCCAACAUCCAUGGCAUACGAGACAAGCGCAGUGCGGCCAUGGGUGACUACGGAGGCUUAAGUCCAGUCGAUGUUAGUUACUUGCCGACGUUCGAGAGAGACGUUGUCCCAUAUGACGAUUAUGCGGAUCCAAUGUCCAGUCCAUCAGAAGAGUACAACACGUCCAAUUACUCUUCCCUUCUCAACGGAACGGAUCUGAACGAAGGAAACUUUACCUUCGACGACGAAAGAACUUCAGCCGUAACAACAGUGGCUCCUGCACGUAGGAACACCAUGACUACCUACUGGGAUAAACUGCUAGCACUUUUUACCACAUCUACAACUAAUAACAAAGACACAACUACAGAGGCAACCAUGGAAAACAACACUACAGAGAGCGACGAAGAGGUUUAUUUGACAAGUACAACCCCAGGGUGGAUGGAAGGGACGGAGACCACUCCUGAAUCUGCAACAAACAUCGACAAUGAUUGUUAUGUCACUAUUUGUGAUGAACCACAGGAAUCCACAGAGACCUCCCCCUCCUCAACCCCUCUACCCACCAGUACCCCAAUCCCUACCACCAGCCCACCCGCCCCCUCCCCCACCCUCCCAUCCACCGAAGCCCCCACCAGCCCCACCCAACACCCGCAACUCCCACAACGGAGUCCACGACCCUCGUCACCUCCACCGAAACGACCACCACGAUCCCAGCGGUUGACGACCCCCUUCUUGGACCAGCCCAUGAAGAACAACCCCGAGAAGUGGGCCAAACAUCUCCCGACGCCUGCGAGACACCGACUCAGAAAGCUGUGUUGGGAAACCAUGUUCGGUCAAGAGAUCAUCAAACUCACCGUUAUGGAUCUGGUCGUUACAGUAGUGACCAUCGUUAUAGGGGACUACAUUCGCGCCGUUGUGGUUCGCUUGUUCAACGGCUGCUGCUGCUGGGACCUCGAGAAGAAGUUCCCAGGGUAUCCGGACUUCAAGAUAGCGGAAAAUAUUCUUCAUCUUGUUAAUAACCAGGGGAUGAUUUGGAUGGGUAUGUUCUUCUCGCCCGGGCUGCCGGCUCUCAACACCCUCAAGCUCGUGAUCGUGCUGUACGUGCGUUCGUGGGCCGUCGUCACCUCCAACGUCCCUCCCGAAACGGUCUUCAAAGCCUCCAAUAAUAAUAACUUCUACCUGCUGUUCCUGCUGACGAUGCUCUUCCUCUGCACGCUUCCUGUUGGGUACGCCGUGGUGUGGCUCGAGCCGUCUUGGCACUGCGGUCCCUUCAGCGACUUCCCCAGGAUGUACAAGCUGGCGACCUACACGCUCAUCGGCGGCUUGCCUUCCUCGCUGUACCCUGUGGUGGACUACAUCUCUUCCCCGGGCGUCGUCAUCCCCGCCGGCCUCCUCCUCGUCCUCAUCAUCUACUACCUUCUCUCCCUGACGGCGGCCCUGAGGGAGGCCAACUGCGAUCUCAGGGAUCAGCUGAGGCAAGAGAGGUCAGCGGAGAAGAGGAAGGCCUUGGACGCGCGGACGGGGAAGGGCCGCUCGGAGACGCCCACCACCAGGUGGGGCCGAGUGGUGCCCCUGACUCCAAUGCCACGCCAGCGGCUGGACGGCACAAGCGGCCCAGACAAAACAGCUGUCACUAAACCCUCAGCGGCAGAGCCGGACGGCCCUCCCGCGCUGCCCCCGGCGGAGACCCCGCGGGGGAAGGACGAGGGCCCCUGGCCGGACGACGUGACCGAUCUCGGCCAUUCGGAAGUGUUCGACGACUCCCUCUCCGACUCCCGAAAGCAGGGGAAGGACACGCCGGUAAAGGAGAAGCCCGUCGAGCCGAAACAUGAACACAAAAGACACGAGAAGGAAAAGGACAAGAUGCUGGAGAGGGAUUACGAGUCCGCCCCGAGGAGCCCUUACUCGAGGUCCAAACACAGGCACAACUCUUAUCCUCAGGGAGCCAGAGACGAGGACAAGGCCAGAGUCCGAAGGGAGAACCACCGGGCAGCGCCGGGGCAGAGCAGAUCCUCCAGGAAGUCCCAAGAGAGAAAGCACUCGGACGAGUCGAGCCACCGGGAGUCACCCACCAAAGCCAAGUCCGGCUACAGACACGGCAUCGUCGACUCUCCUCGGAGCAGGAGGAGGAAGGGGUCCAGUGGCCAGGCAGGCAAGCUGAAGGAUAAGAUGCCCGAAGAGUGCAUGCAUGAGCUGAACGAAGUCAUUCACCAAAAGGACAUGAAAAAGAAAAAGUCACCCAAACCCUCAGAAAAGGUCGACCACCAUCAGACGUCUGUUGAAACGGAGGCGGCAUCCCGGGCCGGCCCCCAGAGCCGCCACCGACGCGAACCUUCGAUCUUCAAGAUGGACGACAUCCGCAGAAACUCGAACGAGAAGGCGAAGAACGGGACACAGGCCGGCCAGCGUCGGAGCAGCUCGGACGACUCCCAGAGCAUGCAGUCGAUACCAGUAAUCAAGAUCAGCAAAGAAGACAGCGUGGAAAGGUCGCUCCAGCAAGCCCGUCUGGAACGCCAGGCUAAGACUAUGGAAGAAGACAGCGACUCAGCUAGCCAGCCUCUCACGGGCACAGUUGUCCCCAAGCCCGCGGAAAGGAAGUCGAAGCCAAAGCCCAUAGAAACCGAUCUGGACGCGGCCCUUGCUGAUCCUGGCACCACGUGUGACACAGCGGCCUUGCUCGAGGGACACUCGGAGGUGACGCCAGACACGCCGGGGAAGGACUCGAAGGCUAAGGACGAGGUGGAGCCAGCUGAUCCGAUCAGUUCUGACGACGAAGCCACACUCUUGGACAACAAUUGAUUUGAUAGUUAUAUCAUGGUCGUUGUAAAAAAAAGCACUUAUUUUUUAUCAUGCACAGACACUCAUCAAUCUCUUGCAUUAUACGCGCGAAUAUACAAUACACCUCCACAUAUACAUGUACACGCUCACAUAAAAAAAUACUGACAGAGAUAAAGUUAUAGAGUGGUACUCAGACACAGCUACAUACAUACAGAAAAGGAACAGAGACAUACUGAGAAGUAUAUAGACACACAGAGUGGUACUUAGACAUAUAGAGAGGGGCACACAAACACAACGAGGGGUAUAUAGACAAACACACAAAGUGGUACACAGAGGUACACAGACACAAAUAGGGGUACAAAGAAAUAGACACAAACAAACAGAGGUAGACAGACACAUACACAGACGUACAAAUGCAGAGACAGGUAGGUACACAGACGCAUAGAGGGGUACACAGACACAGAAAUAUAGACAAACGAAUGCAAACAUACAAGUGGGUAGACUGACAGACACACAGAGAUAGAUAAACACAUAUAUUCUCUUUCUAUCUCUUUACUUACCUACCUGCCUCUACAAUAAAGGAACGGCAGAAGCACUCAGAGAUACUAUAUCAUAAAAUAUCCACAAUGCAUAAUAUAUUGUACUAUUACUGUUUCGAUAAGGUUGCGAAUAGAAAACAUGACUAUUUUGAACAUCACUAACUUGGAACUUAAAUUUUUCAUCAUGUAGCAUUAUGUAAAGGCACAUUUGAAGAAAGUAGUGUAAUUUGUAUGGACAAUUAGGCGAUAUUUCACUGCCUAGUUUGUAUCAUCAGGUAUUACCAGAUUUGCAUUGGAAACGCCUGCUUUAUGAUCCAAAAUACACUUUGCAGUCAAGGUGUUCCAAAAUAUAUUAUGUUUCAACCAACAAUUGGGAAACACCGAAGGAUAUUUUUCGUGUAAAUGUCAUUACCAUAUAUUAGUUAAAAUAUUGAUUUGCUUCCUGUGGAACGGCAGCUGACCAAUCUGCAUUUAACAUAAAUGUUUAGGGUAAUGUUCUUAAGUGAACUCUUGACUUUUUUCAGAUUCUUUUUGGUAAGUAUAAAAAACUAAACUGUUACCAGAAUCCCAGAAUAAAUAUAGUUGUAAUUUGUCA